AUGGUUUCGCUUUUUUUGAAUACUGUAUGCUUUAUUCGAUGCUCUCCACCUCUCUUUCCCGCCCACCCUGGCUUCAAAGGCCUUACGAAAGGAUAUGCAUCUCGGGAGCUGAGCCUGUCUCGUCGUUGGGGCAACAACCCUGCUUCAGUCCCGGUCACCCUCAAGGUCGGCCACCUCGCUCGGGGUGACACCAGCACCAGCACCAGCAACAGUCACAUUGCUCCGUUGACCUCGUCUCAGAACGGCAAAAACGCGCACCGAGACGAAAAAACUUGUCGGCCCAUGCGCCUGGCGUCGACCUCAGGAUUGUCCAACUACACCUCUUGCUCCUCCUCCUCCUCAAAUUCGACGGCCACCUUCACGUCCUCGGCCAGAUUGACCUUUUCGUCCAUCUGCCAGGUCGCAGAGGGGCAGUCAUCACGACCCGGUGUCUCGGGAACAGCCGAGCGUAGUGCACCCGGCCACCACGACGCGGUGGACAGAGACUGCUCUAAGGGAGAGGGAGUCUUUUCUGGUGGCUUGGUAAAGAGCAUGAUCAACCGAUUCCAGACCGGUUGA